UUUGCUGUUUAUUUCUAUUUUGUGGCAAUCUCAGGAUAUUCUGCCUUAACUUUUAGGGUUAGGGUUCAAGUUCCUCAGAAUCUGAUGCCCCUGCAGAUCUGACAAGAGGCGGGGUUCAGGCAGUAAACAUCAAUGAAGCUUCUCUUGUUUGCCCACCACUCACCUCCUGCUAUGCGGCCUGGUUCCUAACAGGCCACCAACGGAUACUGGUCCAUGGCUGGGGGGCUGGGGACCUCUGAUAUAUAGCAUCUCAUUUAGUCCUCCCAGUAACCCUCGGCAGUAGGUACUGUUUAAAAGGAAACCCAUUUCCUGGAUGAGGAAAGUGAAGUCCAAAGCAGGUAAGUAUCUUGGCCCAUCUUGUAGGUGGUAAAUGCGAGUGUGUGGAGGGUGUCGCUGCGGGGGGAGGUGGUGUCCUGGAUUCAAAUUCAGGUUUGUCAAGACUGCAGAACAGCCCCACUGGCGGAUGAAUGAAUGAGUGAGUGAGUGAGUGAAUGAGUGAGAGUCCGGAUGGCCCAGCAGCAAUGGGACCAGGCCGAGAGUCACCUGAGACCCCCGCAUCCCCCAUUCCCCGGCCAGCUCAAAGGAGGCGGAGACGGAUGCAGUCGGGUCCCUGGAGAUGCUGGGAGCCUGGCCCCCUUUGCCUCGGCCUCCUGGUGGCGAGAAGUUCAGGUCUGGCCUCGGCGGUGCCCCUCCCCCAGAGCCCAUCCCCACUCCCUGGCGCUCCCCCCCAACCGUAGGGGAGGGGCCGGGAGGGGGGCGGCAGGCGGGGCGCGGGGGAGGGGCGGCGUCUGGUUUGGCUGGACCGCGCGGGCCGGGCGGCCGAGCUCCGGCUUCGCGGGCCCCUACCUCCGGCCCCUCUGGCCCCUCCGACCGGGUCACCUCCCGGAGCCCGGCCGCCCGGCCGCCCGGCCGCCCGGCGCCCUGGACGCCAUGAAGCAGCUGUGUCUGUGUGCCGCCGCCUCCUUCGCGGCCCCCACCCAGGACCACUUCCCCCGGCAGCUGCGGCUCAGCCCCACUGACCUCGGCUCCUGCCCGCCCUGCGGCCCCUGCCCCAUCCCGAAGCCGGCAGCAGCCAGAGGCAGGCGCCAGAGCCAGGACUGGGGCAAAAGUGACGAGCGGCUGCUGCAGGCGGUGGAGAACAAUGAUCCCACGCGGGUGGCCUCCCUCAUCGCCCGCAAGGGGCUCGUGCCCACCAAGCUGGACCCCGAGGGCAAGUCCGCAUUCCACUUGGCAGCCAUGAGGGGUGCAGCCAGCUGUCUUGAGGUGAUGCUGGCACACGGCGCCAACGCCAUGAGCACGGACGGGGCAGGUUACAACGCCCUCCACCUGGCCGCUAAGUACGGGCACCCACAGUGCUUGAAGCAACUACUGCAGGCAUCCUGCGCGGUGGAUACAGUGGACAGCAGUGGGUGGACCGCCCUGCAUCAUGCAGCUGCUGGCGGCUGCAUCUCCUGCUCAGAAAUACUCUGCUCCUUCAAGGCCCAUCUGAAUCCCCGAGAUCGGCUGGGUACAACACCCCUCAUCAUUGCAGCUCAGAUGGGUCACACAGAUCUGUGCCGCCUCCUCCUGCAGCAGGGGGCUGCUGCAAAUGACCAGGACCUUCAGGGCAGGACGGCCCUGAUGCUGGCCUGUGAAGGAGCCAGCCCCGAAACAGUGGAGGCGCUGCUGCAGGGCGGCGCCCGGCCGGGCAUCACAGAUGCACUGGGCCAGGAUGCUGCUCACUACGGCACCCUGGCAGGGGACAAGCUCAUCCUGCACCUCCUCCAGGAGGCAGCCCAGCGCCCCUCACCACCCAGCGAGGAUGAUUCAGGCGAGGCAUCAUCUCAGAAUUCUGUGUCCAGCCAUGACAAGCAAGGGGCCCCCAAGAAGCGGAAGGCACCUCAACCCCCCACCAAUAUCCCAAUGCCGGAUGACCAAGAUGCCUACGAGGAGAUCGUGCGGCUGCGACAGGAGAGGGGCCGUCUGCUACAGAAGAUCCGGGGCCUAGAGCAGCACCAGGAACGAAGAAAGCAGGAGCUGCCAGAGGCAGAGGCCAGUUCCCUCCACAGCCUGGAGAGACAGGUCCAAGAGCUACAGCAGCUUCUGGCCGAGAAGCAGGAGGAGAAGGAGAGCCUGGGCCGAGAGGUGGAGAGUUUGCAGAGUAGGCUGUCCCUUCUGGAGAAUGAGCGGGAGAACACCAGCUAUGAUGUGGCCACCCUGCAGGAUGAGGAGGGUGAGCUACCCGACUUCCCAGGGGCUGAGGUGCUGCUCUCCAAGCAGCUAAGCCCGUCGGCCCAGGAGCUCUUGGCUUCGCUGCAGGAGCAGGUGGCCAUGCUCACCAGACAGAACCAGGAGCUGAUGGAGAAAGUCCAGAUCCUGGAGCACUUUGAGAAGGAUGAGAUGGAGGCAGAUGGUCUGGCCGAGGUCAUUCCUCUGGAGCUCUACAACACUCUCCAGGCUGAGUUUGACCAGCUCCGCAGGCAGCACGCCAAAGCCCUACAGGCGCUGGAGCAGCAGGAAGCUCGGGAGGCCCUCGCAGAAGAGGAGGCAGCCUCUAGGGAGGGCAAAGGUCUGGGAACCAAGACCUCCAGAAAUGGGCUGGUGGAAAUAGCGCUUAACGGCACUGCAGCUCCGGAAACCAGAGUGAAUGGAGUCGAGACCACGGAUGAGGAGGCUGCAGGAGUAGAAACCAUGGAAGCCCUGUCACAGAGCUUGGAAGUCGUGUCCACGAUGGCCGAGGCCACGGACAUGGAGACCACAGAAACAGAGGGCGUGGGGGCCCAGCCCUUGGAAACAAAGGCCACAGGAGCUGAGGUUACAGAAAUGAAAACUCCAGAAGGAGGAGGAAACCCAGAACCAAAGGCCACGGGUACAGAGACCCCCAGUAUGAAAACACAAGAGCCAGAAAUGAAGCCCACUGGAGUAGGUGCAGUGGAAGAAGAGCUCACAGGCACAGAGGCCAUGGGAGUGGAAGUCAUGACCCCGAGGGUCCUCACAGGCCCCAUCCUGCACCCGGGUGCUGCGGAGGCCUCAGAAAAGCUGCAGACAGAGCUAGAGACCAGGAUCCGCAGCUUGGAGGAGGCGCUCAGGCAGCGGGAGCGGGAGGCGGCCGCCGAGCUGGAGGCGGCCCACGGCAAGUGCGAGGCCGCGGAGGCCGAGGCGGGCCGGCUGCGGGAGCGGGUGCGGGAGGCUGAGGGCGGCCGGGCUAGCGGGGUCAGAGAUGGGGACACAGGCCAGCUGCGGGCCGCCCUGGAACAAGCCCGCGAGGACCUCCGGGACCGGGACUGCCGUCUCCGGGAGCUGGAGGCGGCCUCGGUCCGGCUGGACGAGGCCCGGGCCGGCCGGCUGUUGGCCGAGGAGGAGGCCCGGGGCCUGCGGGCAGAGCUGGCCCGACGGGAGGAGGCGCGGCUAGAGCUGAGCCGGGAGCUGGAGGCGCUGCGGGAGCAGCUGGUCGUGGCCACGGCCACCGGGGAGCAGCAGCGGGCUGCGGCCGCCGAGCUGGGCCAGGCGCGGGACGCGGCCGAAGCCCGGGCCGCGGAGCUGUCUGCGGCCUGUGAGGAGGCCCGGCGGGGCCUGGCAGAGCUGCGGGAGGCCUCCGAGGCGCUCCGCCAGUCGGCCGUGCCGGCCUCCGAGCACCACCGGCUGCAGGAAGAGGCUCUGGAGCUGCGGGGCCGGGCCGCCUGCCUGGAGCAGGAGGUGGUGGCCACAGGCAAGGAGGCCGCCCGGCUGCGCGCAGAGCUGGAGCGCGAGCGGGUGGGCAGCAUGGCCCGCCUGGAGCACGAGCGCAUCGUGGGCGCCCUGAAGGCCGACGUGGCCCGGUUGCAAGGGCAGCUGGAGGAGCUGGGGCGACGCCACGAGAAGACCACGGCCGAAGUCUUCCAGGUGCAGCGGGAGGCGCUGUUCAUGAAGAGUGAGCGACAUGCGGCGGAAGCCCAGCUGGCCACGGCUGAGCAGCAGCUGCGGGGGCUACGAACUGAGGCCGAGCGGGCACGCCAGGCCCAGAGCCGUGCCCAGGAGGCCCUGGAGAGGGCCAAGGAGAAGGACAAGAAGAUCACGGAGCUCUCCAAGGAGGUCUUCAGUCUUAAGGAGGCGCUGAAGGACCAGCUGGGGGCCCCAGACUCCUUGGAGGUGGAAGCCCUCCGUGGCCAGGUGAAGGCUCUGCGGGAGCAGCUAGAGGAGGCUGCCAGGGACCACAGUGCAGUGGUGGCCUUGUACAGGAGCCACCUCCUCUACGCCAUUCAGGGUCAGAUGGAUGAAGACGUGCAGCGAAUUCUGAGUCAGAUUCUGCAGAUGCAGAGGCUCCAGGCCCAGGGCCGCUGAGAGCAGAGGACUGCCCUCUGCCCCCCUAGGCCUCUCACGAGGGCUUGGGGACUCAUGCACUGACCUUCCGAGCUUGGAGACUAGCCUGGGCCCCUUCCCCACUGUCCUCACUGCCUCCACCGGCCCCACUGGUCCCUGCGUGCACUGGGCAGUCUAGAUCCCGGCCCUGACCACGACCCCUCCUGCCACUGGGAAAUCUGAGUCCUCUCCCCAACAUCUGGUCCCAAACACUACCCCAGGAAUAAAAGCUCACGGAGCAGAGCAGAAGAUGAAAA